AUGUUUAAGGUUGGACUGGAUGCGAGUGAUAAAGAGAAGGUCUUACUGGAUCUAAUCAACUCCCAUAAACAGCUCAGUGCGUCAGCGCAUGGUAAUGUCGCGGGUGCAGAAACAUCAGAUGGGCAUCGAGCUCAAGUUAAAAAAUUCGGCGACAAAGGCGGCAUUGCACUAGUCAACGGACAUAAAGCACAAUUGAAAACGAAAGAAACUGACGAUGGUAGGCAUGCUUAUUUGAAAGCGGAUAAUGAAUACGAGCUGGAUGCGGUUGCGAAAGGCUCGCUGAAAGAUGCAAAAAAUUCUGAGUUCGAAGCGACCAAUGAACGCUUC